CCUAAUUUUGAGGGCAAUAAUAAUGAUAAUAUACAAUAAUUCCAUGUCCACGUGAACCGUCUACACGUCAAGCUGAGCGAGGAGCUAUCGCUUCGACACCUGAAUGCAUCACACGUCAUACAGUUGCAUUUUCGCCGCAACUCACUAGAGAUCCUCGACCAUUUUAACCAUUUGUCACUUUGACAUUAAAUACUAAACGCUAACCGGUAAAACAAUAAAAAAUAAUUGAAGCCGACACGAACGCCUUGAAGCCAACAUAUGUGAACCAGGACUGCAUACAUUCAAGCUGCAGAUAAACAGACAAUUCACACUUAAUUACUACGUGUUAUGGAGACUGUUCUGAACUGCAAACCAGAGGACUUGGAGGAUUACUACUUGUUAUUAGGAUGUGAUGAAUUGUCGACGCAUGAACAGAUUCUCACUGAAUACAAGAUUCGAGCCUUGGCUUGUCAUCCAGACAAACACCUCAACCAUCCAACAGCAGUGGCAGAUUUCCAAAAGCUGCAGGAAGCCAAAGAGGUUUUAUGCAAUGAAACCAAAAGAAAAAACUAUGACCUUUGGAGAAGAAGUGGAGUAACUAUGUCUUUUCAUGACUGGCAAGCCUUGAAUGACACCGUUAAAACUUCAAUGCACUGGGCUUUGAGAAAUAAGAAGGAACCAAUGUUGGAGGCUUCAAAUGCAGAGAGUGUCCCUUCGCAAAUGGAGGAUCUUCAUUCUGACCAAGAAACUCAGAGGAUCUCUUCAUAUGAUGCCAUUCCUUAUACAAGUGAUUACUGCCAUCGUCGUUUCCGUUGGGCUGCUGACUCCCCAUCUAGUCUUUUGCAGAAGUUUAGAAAUUACGAAAUAUAAAACACUGGCUUUGGCUUUUGUAACUUGUUGUUUAUUGUUAGUCAUCGGGGCCCUGUUUAUUGUUGUAUACAUUUUUGUGUAUAUUAUCUGUUAAUCAUUAAAUUUGUUGUUUUUGUGAGCCGAACAAUAAAUGUGUCUGUUGUAUCGGAUUCUUUGUCAGGCAAAAAUCAAUGUUAAUUAUGAGAAUAAUGUAUUUUGUCAAUCGCUAAUUUGAUUAAUAUGUUAACUAACACACACAAUGCGGAUAGAUUAUGGUUGAUUAUACUAAAGGUCCUUAAGGCUGUCAUGUGUAUUUUUGUGCUGCUGUCAAGUCCAUAAUCUUGGGAACAUAAAAUUGAAGCAUCCCAA